CCAAACUUAUUAGAGGGGUGAAUCUGUAUAAAAAUUGUGAGGGAAAGAGGGUGAAGGUUAGCGAGAAAAACAAGAAUGGAAGCAAGUACAAACAGAGCAGAGGCGGAGCGAUUGCUUGGAAUAUCGGAAAAGCUCUUGCAUAACCGAGAUCUCAACGGCUCCAGAGACUUCGCCGUUUUGGCCCAAGAGACUGAGCCACUUCUCGACGGCUCCGAUCAGAUCUUGGCCAUCGUUGACGUCCUCCUCGCCUCCGAGAGGCGCAUCAACAACCACCACGACUGGUACGCCAUUCUCCAGGUCGAUUCCCGAUCAGACGAUCACGAUCUCAUCAAGAAGCAGUAUCGACGUCUCGCCCUUCUUCUCCACCCUGACAAAAACAGAUACUCUUUCGCCGAUCAGUCCUUCAAGCUCGUCGCCCAAGCCUGGGCCGUCUUGUCUGACCCCGCCAAGAAAUCCCUCUACGAUAAUGAGCUCAUCCUGUUUUCCAGGAUCGAUCUGAGCUCUUCACAACAGAACAAAUUGCCCGUUCGGAGGACCCAGCCGACGCCGUUCACCCCCGUCGCCGCCGGGAGGACCAGUCGAAACGAUGCAGAGAAUAACCGGACCUCGACGGAGCCGUCGUUGCGCCAGCGGCAACUGAGGCUUCAGAGCUUCUGGACUGUGUGUCCGUACUGCUACGUUUUGUAUGAGUAUCCUAGGGUUUAUGAGGACUGUUGUUUGAAGUGCCAGAAAUGCCAGAGGGCGUUUCACGCAGCGCUGGUCACGUCGCUACCGCCGAUGGUUCCUGGUCAGGAGGCCUACUAUUGCUGUUGGGCAUUUUUCCCACUUGGCUUCGCCAAGGGAAAUUUGGAGAACGGUGGAGGGAAAGCGCCAUCCCCUGCAGCACCUGCAGGGUUUCCCAAUUGGAUGCCGCCCAUGUUUCAGGCUCCGCCAUCGCCAUCGCCGCCACCUCCACAGCGGUCACAGCCGGAGAGUGGAAGGAAUCCGAAAACGACAGAAGGGACGCCGGCACAAGUGGAGCGGGUUCCGAAGAAGAGGGGAAGACCUCGUUUAUCUUGAAAGCCAAUUUGGAACAAGUUUUGUUCUAGUGACAUAAUUUAACCGAGGUUGAGGAAAGUGGUGGUCCAAUUUCAAGAGGAAAAAAUUGAAUCUCUAUUCGAUAUUUGUAAGGUUUGUCAUGAUGAGCGGUGAAUGAGGUACUGGGUCAUUGGGAUGGGAUGGAGUUCAAACAUGGUUGAAAAGCUGCUCAGUUUGAACAACAACAAGGAAGCAUGCGUGGAAGGUACUGGUAUUAUUCUUGUAGAAUAUAGAGUGUUGUGUACUUUCAUUGUUGUAACUGUUGUUUGUGUAGUUAAUAAUUUGAUAUGUAACUUUUAUAUGUGCCAUUUCUUUUAGAUUUCAGUCAUCCAUUUGGAGCUUCUUACUCGAUGUUUAUAUCGAAUGUAUAUUUACAUUCAAUUGGAAUAUAACUUGUUGAAUUAUGAAGCUCAAAUGGGUUGCGAUCAUCAGAAGUAAUAGAUUAGUUGAAUCAUGUAUUUGUUGUUCUCUGCCUGGUUACUUGGGACAUCGAGUUUGUGAGUAGUUUAUAUAUUUAAAUGAUAAGUAAAAAAUUUCAGCAAUCAAA